AUGAAAUCAAACUAUAGGUCACCACCUUCCACGCCGGAUUCCAUAUUUAGUGAAACGCAUUUCAAGACAUCUCCUUUAGAUGAAGGUGGAAUGUUCAUGUCAGAAUACGGGGGAAAUAGCAAAAAUUUAAAUGAAAUUGAUUAUAAUCAAGCUUUAAACAAAGCUCACGCUUUAAAUAUGAAUAGCUCACCGAUAAAAGAUAGCAUGGAUGCCCCUGCAUACUUUGAUCAGAGUUCUCCAUAUCGAAUCGAACCCAAAAAUGACGCAGUCUCUAACCAUACAAAUGAUCUAUACAAUGCCGAUAAUAAAUUGCAUGAACGCAUAGACAAGAUGUUUCGCCCUCUUGAAUUCCAGCAACGAGAUCAGCAGAAAAGACCAGAUAGUAUUCAAUUGCACCCCACAAUGCGAUCGGACAGGCAUAGUAAAACAAACAGGUAUUUAAUACGGCAGCAUGAUAGAAAUGAACGACGAGAAGCGUUGAAAACUAACUACAGAGGAUCAAUGGGUGAUUUUGUGCUCAAGCAGGAAGAUCUGGAUAUGAAGCACCAUAUUGAAAAAGAAGCCGGGCAAAAUCAGAUAAAUGACGUUAACAGAUUUCUUGAUAAUGAUAUGUGCGAUAUUCAGGAUGACCAUAAUAACACAGAUAGAUAUUUAAUCAUGAAGCAGGAGCAAGAACAGCAACUCGAGGAUUUCUUGGAUGCUGAGCGCUUUGAAAUGGAGGAACUGACACGAAACUUAUCGCCGAACUAA